AUGUGGAGUCUUGUGUUGCUCGCUGGCCUCUUGACACAUUGCUUCACAAGUGAUGGGAAGUCUACCUUAUUGGAGGCACAUUAUCCUGACUCUCAUAAUGCGCAUAAUGGGAGUUUCAAGAAUCUUCCUAGGACUCAUGGCCUUGAAGUAAGCCCUCUGGCAGUGGGGACGCCAGGCGUCGGGCGCGUCGGCAUCGUGGGCCCCGGGGAGGUGGGGAAGGUGGGCGACGUCACCAACGGCACCGGGUUCACCGGCAUCGUCGACGGCGGUGUUGGCGUGGCCGGCGCUGUAAAGGGAGGCGUUGGCGUCUCUGGCCUCGUCACUGGCGGCGGAGUUGCAGUGGUUGGCGCAAUCCUCGGCGGAGUUGGUGUCUCUGGCUUAGUUGCCAAUGGCACGGGAGUAGCAGGAGAUGUAAGAGGGGGCAUCGGCGUGGAUGGCUUUGUGUGGUCCAAUAGCACAGGUGUGCACGGUGAUGUCAGUAGUGGCAUUGGUAUAUCUGGUGCCAUUGAAAAUGGCACAGGUGUUCAUGGAAAAGUAAUCGGAGGCACAGGUGUCUAUGGCACUAUCAAGAACGCAGUUGGUGUAAGAGGAAAUGUAAGAGGUGGUGUGGGGGUAGCUGGAACCCUUAAAGAUGGAGUCGGGGUACUAGGAUCCAUCAGCAAUGGCACUGGGGUGCUUGGGGUAGUGAAAGGGGGGAAAGGUGUUCUUGGGAAUAUAAGGAAUGGCACUGGCAUCAGGGGCAGCGUCGAAAGUGGAACAGGUGUUGUGGGGUAUGUCAUAGGAGGCACGGGCUUGAACGGGAGGGUAGAGAAUGGCACUGGGGUAUUUGGCAUGAUCUCGGGCGGAACCGGGGUGGCUGGGGCUGUCCUAGAUGGCACGGGUGUGAAUGGAACCAUCCUGAGUGGUACAGGCGUGAACGGGACUGUGAGCGGAGGCACGGGCGUCGCGGGGGUUAUCGGCAGGGGCACCGGCGUGUCUGGCGUGGUCAACGGAGGCGUGGGCGUGAGAGGGUUUGUCUUACCAGACACCUAUCUGACUCACCUGCUUAGAGAAACACCGGCUGCUGGAACUGUUGGCGAUGAAACUCCAUACAAUGGUGGGGAAUCUCCAGUAGUUGGUGGUGAAACAGCAGGUACUGGUGGUGAAUCAACAGAUAUUAGUGGCACAUCUCCAUCUAUUGGUAUUCAAACACGGUUUGGUGGUGAUGAAAUACCACUAGCUGAUGUAACUUCAGAUAUAGGAGGUAAAUCUCCAUUUGUCAGUGAUAUUAGAAAUGAAUCUCCGCUUCUUGAGACGAAGUCACCAUUUGUUGGGGAUGUAGCACCAAUUUCUAAAGCUGAAUCACCAAUACCUGGGGAUGAAUUUCCUUUUGUUGGGGGAGAAUCACCAAUUGCUGAAGAAUAUUCACCAACACCUGGAGAUGAAACACUAAUUCCUGGAGAUGAAUCACCAAUUCCUGGGGAUGAAUCACUAUUUGAAAGGGAUGAAGGUUAUGAAUCACCACUCGUUGGGAUAGAAUCACCAAUUGCUGGAGAUGAAUCUGGGGAAAAAACACUAUAUGUUAGGGAUGAAUUACCAGUACCUAUGGAUGUACAUGCAAUGCCUACAGAUGAACCUAUGGAUGUAGAUGAAAUACCUACAGAUGAAGCAAUAGAUGUAGCACAUAAGGAUGCUAUGGAUGAAGCACCAAUUCCAGGGGAUGAAUCACUCUUUGUUAGGGAUGAAGUACCGAUUGCUGGAGAUGAAUCACCAAUUUCGAGAGAUAAAUCACCACCUGCUAAGGAUGAAGCACCGGUUACUGGAGAUGAAUCAUUUGCUGGGGGUGAAUCUCUAAUUCCUGAAGAUGAAUUGCCAGUUCCUGGAGAUGAAUCACCAUUUGUUGGGUAUGAAUCACCAAUUCCUGGGGGCGAGCCACCAACUGCUAGGGAUGAGUCGCCACUUGUUAGAGAAGAAUCGUUUGUUGAGGGCGGAGCUGAGGUCGAGGCCCCUGAUGGCGGAGGCAGCGCGUCACUUGCUGUGCCCCUUCCGGUCUUCGGCGAGGCGCCCGCUGUGGGCGGCGAUUCCGUUGUUGCUGAUGACGCUGACGGAGGUGAGGAUAAAGGUCAGGUCGACUUCCAUGAACGCCGUCCAGCUGACCUGUUUCGACAAGUCUCUUCAACGAAAAGCAGAGAGGAUAUGUUAUGA